AUGGGGCAGCACUUUCUGUUCCACCGCGAUCUGGUGGCUGCUACGGCCGUUCACCACGCAGUAAACGCGCGGCUCUCAAGCGAUCUACAGGCAGAUCUGGUGCUUAUCGGCCCCCAGUGGCUCCGCCAUGUCCUUCACCUUAUGGCCUCCUUCCCCUUAGCAGGAGUGGCGGAGAGCGUCCACGUGCUCAAAUUCGAUCGCAGUCUACUCAGAAAGAAGCAUCGCUUCCUGGGGGGCGAUGAAGUGCUGCUACUCACGUUCCUGUUGUUUAAAUGGAUCAUUGUGGGCUACGACAGACGCUUACGAAGUCUCGCGACACUCGCCAUGUUCUCCUUCGAGGAGGACGCUAUCGGACCUGGAGCUACGCUGAAAGGAGAGAAGAAUGGCCGAGAACAGCUGCUGGGACUCGCCACGCAAGCGUCCGCCCGCGUAGACCCACAGACACGCUGUGGAGCCAUGCUCGUGUACUCGGAUCAGCUGGUUAUUGUACCCUUUCGAAGCGAAUCGAUGGAAACAACUGCAGACUCGGAAGAAGAAGACGACGACGAGGAAGAGAAGAAACUUGAGGAGCUAGUGAACGAGAGCAAGCACAGAGGAGUCACGAGCGACAUGAACAACACGCUGAACGCCUUACUGGACAAGAGCGUCAAGGUCGGAGCCAAGCGCAAGAGAAACCACAUGAGUGGCCUCAUGCCGAACGACAUAACCGGGCGAGAAUUCCUCCUUCGACUACGAGAAGUGGAGAUAACGGGCAAAGUGAUCGAUCUGGCCUUCCUGGACGGCUACUUAGAGCCCACGUUGAUGGUGUUGCACGAGGAGAACGACAAGAACUCGACGUGUGGACGGCUAGCUGUGGGCUUUGACACGUACUGCUUGACUGUCAUCUCCAUUAACAUGAAGACGAGACUUCAUCCGAAGAUCUGGACUGUCAAGAACCUCCCGUCCGACUGUUUCCGAUUGAUCCCGUGUCGUGCACCGCUUGGUGGAGUCGUGGUCUUGUCGGCCAAUGCGAUCCUGUACUUUAACCAGACGCAGUUCCAUGGCUUAGCGACGAAUGUGUUUGCGAGCAAGACGCACGAGACGGUGCAGCUGAAUGUGGUGCUGUACGACUGCCAGUUCGAGUAUUUGCAAGAGAAGGAGCUGUUGUUGACGAUGCCUAGUGGACAAGUGUACGUGCUGUCGCUGCCCUAUGAAGACACGUCGAGUCGUGGACUGUAUGGCUUCGGUGGAAAGCAGACGCUGUUUAUCGGCUCACGGUCAGGCGAUUCUGUGCUUUUUGUGCUGGACAAGAAGAAGUUGGUUACUGCCACGGAGGAAGAGCCAAAAGACGAGGAAAUGCCGAUCAAAGAGGUGGUAAUAAAGCAGGAAUCUGCCCCGGAGAUCAAGUCGGAGCCAGCUGAGGAGGAAGAGGAAGACGAAGAUGAUUUGUUCCUGUAUGGUGCAGCUCCUACGAAGGAAGAGCCUGCAGCUACGAGCUCUACUGAGUGUACUAACGGCGUGGGUGUAUCGAGUGUGAAGACAGAGGAGAAUGGCGCGCCUGAGCAAGACACUGGCCCGUACGACUACGAGCUGCGACAGAUUGAUGUGCUACCCAGUAUCGGACAGAUCACCUCGAUUGAGUUAGGCGUCGAGAACAACGCAGACUCGAAUGAAAAGCGCGAGGAGCUGGUGAUCAGCGGAGGAUAUGAACGUAGCGGCGCCAUCUCCGUGCUGCACAAUGGCCUGCGACCAAUUGUAGGCACCGAAGCAGAGCUGAAUGGCUGUCGAGCCAUGUGGACAGUGUCGUCGUCUUUACCGUCAGCAACCAGAAGCUCGGACGGACGGAGUUAUAAUGCCCUUUAG